GCCAGGUGCCGCAAGGGGCUGCCCAAGUAGUCAGUGGUGCGGUUGACUCUGGUUGCGAAUCCCCCACAUCUGCCAAGACCCAGGUCUCCAGCUCCGAAUGAGACCCCUUCAGCAGGACAAUGGCUCUGGAGGAGUUGUCCUUGAUCAAUGAUAACCUACGGGGUCAAAUCCACGACUUGAGGGAAACAUUGGCCUGCCUUGAUACGGAGAACCAGGAGCUGCUAACAGCAAACAGACGCAUCAAGGACCAGAACCGAAGCCUGCAAGACAUUGCAGAUGAGUUUAAGGCUACGAUGGAGGAGAUGCAGAAGAAGGUGGAAGACAUCAGAGAGAGGAUGGACGGUGCGAAUGCCAAAAUCCACCACCUGGAAGUCCAGAACAAAUUGCUGGUGAAAUCCAAUGAGGAGCUCAACAAGGAGUUGCAUGAGGUCUCUUGCCAGAUGGCCCUCUUUGAGGAUUACAAAGCCGCUCAGGAAAAGGAUCUCUUGGAGAUGCAGAACCUGUCAACAGAAGUCAAAAAGUACCUGAAGACUCUGGAGGAGAGGCUGGAGGAGACAGAGCAGCAUUUCCAUGUGGAGAAGUGCCAUUCUUCCCAGCUGAGGGAGAGGGUUGGGGCGCUGCUUCAGCUCAGGGAAACGCAGAGGAAAGACAUCAGAGAUCUCCAAGGACAACUGGAGAUGUCUGUGCAACGGGCCACGUUCUUGAGGCUAGACCAGGAGAACAGGGUCCAGGUGGGCUCCCUGAUGCAUGAAAUUGUGGAGGCCAAGCUGGUGGAUGUCGCUCUGAAUAGGUCAAAGAAGAGAAAAGUAAUGCACUGGAUGUGGAAUGUGGCGAAACUGAUGGCCAUCUUGGUGUUUUUCUGUGCUCUCCUUUUAGGCUUGGCAUUGCUGUACACCUAUUUCAUCAAUCAGGAAUUCAUCUCAGAGAGCAUUGUGAUGUUUUUUAGUGACGAGAACAUUGAAAAAAUGGAGCGGAUUUUAUCCCAUUAUCUGAACUGGAGAAAUGACGGCCUCUUGCCCUUUUAAAAGCAAGUGAUACAGACUUAUCUUUGCAGGCCAAGUUCAUUUUCUCGGUCAGCAUACAAAUUGACCUCUACAUUAGAAAUCUAUGGACCUUUAAAAGGUAUUUCAAGAAUCCAAAUAAAUUUCUAUAGUUUCAUCUUG